GCAUGCUGCUGGUUGCAGGUUGUAUGUGGCAGGUUGCAUGCUGCAGGGCUGCAGACUGAUCAUUCUGCAUGAAACCUUCAGCAGAUCUGAUUGAUCCCAGUCCUGCUCUGAUCCUCCUGGUGGCUAACAGCAGCUAGCACCGUUAGCUGCAGCAGCUGCAGCAGCUCCCACGUUUCUACCGUAAAACUGGGUCAGAACCGAACCUGAAAUGGAGACAACGACGACGAAGAGAAGAGACAACAAGAAGUCUCUGCGGGUUAAAGUCAUCAGCCUCGGCAACGCGGAGGUGGGGAAGAGCUGCAUCAUCAAGCGCUACUGCGAGAAGAGGUUCGUCCCAAAGUACCUGGCGACCAUCGGCAUCGACUACGGAGUCACCAAGGUCCAGGUGAGGGACAGGGAGAUGAAGGUGAACAUCUUCGACAUGGCCGGACAUCCCUUCUUCUAUGAGGUCCGGAACGAGUUCUACAAGGACAGCCAGGGGGUUCUGCUGGUCUACGACGUGGGUCUGAGGGAGAGCUUCAUCGCCCUGGAAGGCUGGCUGGGCGAGAUGAAGCAGGAGAUGGGCUCCCAGGCCAACAUGGACAGCAUCGUCUUCACCAUCUGCGCCAACAAGGUGGACCUGACCAAACGGCGCGUGGUGGACGAAGGCGAGGGUCGUCUGUGGGCGGAGUCCAGAGGCUUCCAUUACUUCGAGACGUCGGCGCAGAGCGGGGAGGGCAUCAACGAGAUGUUCCAGGCCUUCUUCUCCUCCAUCACGGACAUGUGUGAGAACGGCGGGAAGCGUCCGGUGGCUGAGGUCAGCGUGGGCUUCACCAAGGAGCAGGCCGACACCAUCCGCCGCAUCCGCAACAGCAAGGACUCCUGGGACAUGCUGGGCGUGAAGCCCGGCGCCACGCGGGAGGAGGUGAACAAGGCAUACAGGAAGCUGGCCGUCCUGCUGCACCCUGACAAGUGUGUGGCCCCCGGCAGCGAGGACGCCUUCAAGGCCGUGGUCAACGCACGCACCUCCCUGCUCAAGAACAUCAAGUAACGGGAGGAGGAACCAUGAGGAGGAGGAACCUAAGGAGAAGAAUCUGAGGAGGAGAACCUGAGGAGGAGAAUCUGAGGAGGAGAACCUGAACUCUUUUCUAUCUCACUUGUUGUGUUUGUGCCAACUGUUAGACCUGUCAGCUGAGGAGGAGGAGGAGGGCCAGUUGCUCCUCCUCCUCCUCCUCCUCCUCCUCCUCCUCCUCCUCCUCCUCAGUCUCUGAUCUUUCAUUCGUUGUUUACAGAAAGUUUUUUCUUCAUCCUAAAAAAAAUUUUCUUAAAUUUUUUUUGUUUUCUGUAAAAAAAUUCAAUUUUAAAAGAUUUUCCUGAAUUUAUUAGAAACAUUUUUAGGUUUAUAUUUAA